UCUGUACUCACUCCCGCCCCAGUCUGGUACUCUGAGGUCACUUCCGGGGUGGGAGUCAGUGGUCCCUGCUGUCAUUCCCUUGCCCCACCCCAGGACAGUGUCUGGGGCCUCUCCUGGGGUCCAGACAGCGCUGGAGCCAGACUUCACACUGAGCAGCUGCAGACGGAAAAACCAGAGGAAGCACAACCCAGCCCCAGAUUCCGGGGGGCCAGUCGGGGACUCUCCUGCCGGCGCAGGAGGACCUCUCCGGCCAGGUCCGACUGCCAUGGGCCUUGCCGCCCACUGGCUGUGCUCCGCACUGCCAGGCAUAUAAGAGGUGCUGCCUGGAGCACCUGCCACUCCUCUCGGGGGCCAGCCCUGACCAUCGAGGCCACUUCUGGGUCCCGAGGCCAUGUAGACCCCACCCAGGGUCUCAGUGUCUAGACUAGCCACCAUCUCUCCAGGACUUCGCCUCUGCUGCUUCGGGGAGCCAGCGUGCCACCAUGUCCCGGAGACUCGCCUGGCUGCGCUAUCUCGGCGUCCUGCUGGGCAUUACCUUGGGGAACAAAGGCUUGCAGGUGCGGCCUUUGCCCCAGAAUGAGGAAUGUGAUGUGACAGGCUUUCUGCGCGACAAACUGCAGUACAGGAACCGUCUUCAGUACAUGAAGCACUACUUCCCCAUCAACUACAGGGUCAGCGUGCCUUACGAGGGGGUGCUCAGGAUGGCCAACAUCAGCAGACUGCAGAGGGAGCAAGUGAGCCAGCAGGAGCUGCGCUACCUGUGGGUCUGGGUGAGCCUCAGCACCACCGAGGCGGUGCAGGAGCUGCUGCUCGACAACCACCCGUCCUGGACGUACCUGCAGGAGGUGCAGACGCUGCUGCUGGACAUCCAGCAAGGCCUCCUGGAUGUGGAGGUCAGCCCCAAGGUGCAAUCACUGCUGUCACUUCUGAGUGCUCCAGGACUGAACUUGAAGCUGGUGCGACCCAAAGCCCUACUGGACAACUGCUUCCGGGUCAUGGAGCUGCUCUACUGCUCUUGCUGUAAAGCAAGCUCUGCCCUGGCCUGGCAUGACUGUGAGGUGCCCAGUCCUCUGCCCCCUGGCCCCGAGCCCUCCUCCAAGUGUGUGGUGCCCCCGCUGUACUCUCAGCGCCAGCCUCCCCCCACCUCCCUGCCCCGCUCCCCCGGAGCCAAGGCUGGGCUCCCCCCUCAGUAAGGCUGCUAGGGGUCCCCCAGGUCGGGCCCCCCUACACCAAACGGCCUGUUUGUGACCUGAGGGCAGCUGCCAUGCUGCUGGGCCUUAGUCUUAGGGGUGGUGGGACCCGGGAAGGGUGUUGUUCCCCGGAGGGUGAUUCCUGGAAGACACCUGUGGACCCUGGUGGCCAUCAGGAACAGUCCAGGACCCCUCCUGGCACCACCCGGUGCUGACUCACCUGA